AUGGCGCGCUACAUCGCCAAUGCUUCAUUCCCAAGGCGAUUCGCGACUCACCAGACGCCUUCACUCUUCGGUGUUGACUACGCGCGGCAGAUUCGAAACCUAGAAAUUGCAAAACAAGGCUCCUCGCGGCCACUGACGUUGACGGAAAAACUGUUAUACUCCCACCUCAUCAACUCCGAGAAGAAUACCUGGCAUGUGGAGCGCAUCGAGCGCGGAAAGUCUAUCCUGGAGCUUCGACCGGACCGAGUAGCCUGCCAUGAUGCGACGGCGACCAUGGCCUUGCUUCAAUUCAUCAGUGCUGGCCUUCCGCGAGUAGCAGUUCCUACGACGGUACACAGCGACCACUUGAUUAUCUCUGAGAAGGGCGCUGAAGAAGAUAUGCGUCGUGCGCUUGGCGAGCAUGCGGAGGUAUACGACUUCCUCAGCAGCGCGGCGCGGAAGUACGGCAUCGGCUUCUGGAAGCCAGGCUCGGGCAUUAUACACACUGUGAUCUUCGAGAACUAUGCAACACCGGGAGGUCUUAUCAUCGGAACGGAUUCACACACUCCAAACGCUGGCGGGCUGGGCAUGCUAGGAAUUGGAGUGGGCGGCGCCGAUGCUGUUGAUGCCAUGUCGGGAAUGCCUUGGGAACUUGUCGCUCCUAAAGUGGUAGGGGUUCGUUUGACAGGGAAGCUGCAAGGUUGGACGUCAACCAAGGAUAUUAUUUGCAAAAUCGCCGGUCUGUUGACAGUAUCGGGAGGGAAGGGUCGCGUUAUCGAGUUCUUUGGGCCGGGGACCCAGACCUUGGGAGCGACAGCUAUGGCGACCAUUUGCAACAUGUCAGCAGAAAUUGGGUCGACGUCGUGCAUCUUCCCAUACAACGACGCGAUGGGCCGAUAUCUCGAGGCCACGCAACGAGCACAUGUCAUUGACAAGGUACAAAACGUGAGGUCCGCGCUGCUCACCGCGGAUGAAGGCGCCGACCUAUACUACGAUCAAAUUAUCGAACUCGAUCUCAGUACGCUGGAACCGCACGUGAACGGACCGUUCACACCAGACCUAGCGCACCCUGUAUCCAAAUUGAAAACAGCCGUCGCUGGCGCAGACUGGCCUGUGGACUUGAGCCAUGCCAUGGUCGGGAGCUGCACGAAUAGUUCAUACGAGGACCUCGACAAAACGCGACAGAUUGUCGCGCAGGCGCGAGCGGCCGGGAUCGAAAAGUUCCCAACGCCUUUCAUGGUGACACCGGGUAGCGAACAGAUUCGUGCUACAGCGGAGGCAGAUGGCAUUCUGGACGAACUCCGGGAGGCUGGAGCUGUUGUUCUCAGCAGCUCAUGCGGUCCAUGCGUUGGAUCGUGGGAUCGAAAAGAUGUCGAUGUCAAAGGGAAGGAAAAGAACUCGGUCGUCUCCAGCUUCAACCGGAAUUUUGUUGGCCGCCAUGACAGUAACCCGGCCACUCAUUCAUUCGUAACCUCGCCGGAGCUUGUGGCAGCGUUCGCCUAUGCCGGUCGACUCGAUUUCAACCCUCUGACGGACGCCAUUGGAGUACCCGGAAAACCUGGUAAGGAAUUCUAUUUCCGCCCUCCUAUUAAUCAGGAACUUCCUGCCUCCUUUGAGGCCGGCUUGGACACCUUUCAAGAGCCUUUGUCGGAAGGGACAGAUAUCCCUGUAGAGAUACGUCCCGGGUCCGAUCGGCUGCAACUACUCGAGCCAUUUGCCCCCUGGCAGCAGGGGUGCGCUGAUGGGAUGGAACUGCUCAUCAAAGUGAAGGGCAAGUGCACAACCGACCACAUCUCCCCUGCCGGGCCGUGGUACAAAUACCGUGGCCACCUUGAGAACAUCAGUAACAAUAUGCUCACGACUGCCACCAAUGCGUUUGUGGGACAAGGUGACCCGCGUCUGCUUGGCCACACCCGCCAUCCUAUUACGUCGGAGGUGGACGUUGUUCCGCAGGUGGCGCGGGAUCUGAAGCGCCGCGGCGUUUGGUGGUGCAUCGUAGGAGACAAUAACUACGGCGAAGGCAGCUCCCGUGAACACGCGGCCCUCGAGCCCCGGUAUCUGGGUGGAUUGGCAGUCAUUGCCCGCUCAUUUGCUCGGAUCCACGAAACCAACUUGAAGAAGCAAGGUAUGCUUCCGCUGACGUUUGCGGACGCCAGCACAUAUGACCGCGUUGCGGAGGGAGAUCGAAUCACUUUGAUUGGUGUGGAGGAAGGCGAGCUGUGUCCGGGCUCGUCCGUGACAAUGCAAGUCAAGACCAGACGUGGAGAGGUCUGGGAAGCCGAACUAAAGCACAGCUUCCACAGCGGGCAGAUUCCGUGGCUGCGCGCUGGAAGCGCCCUCAACCACAUCAAAGCCACGGCGCUAGCUCAAUAG